AUGGAGAACAAAGUGUACUCGCUGGUCUCUCCGGCAAAUGGACUGAAACGCGCAGAGACAAAAGGAAACCCCAGCCUGGUUGGAAAAAGAGGCGUGAAAAUGAGAACGCUGGCUGGCUUAGCGGCGAGUUACAUGCAUCGCUCUCAGGGUCGACCCAGCUUGGCUUAUCAUAAAAGGCUUCCUCUGAGACAUCCUCUUGGAGGAUAUCAAAGAGCUUCUGUGGUGGAGAUCCAACUUGAGAGAGAUCAAAUGGAAAUAAAGAACCUUCACCUUCCUUCAGUGCCUCGGUAUCUGGCAGAGCCGGUCUGGAUGAUGAAUACUACAGUACAGCGUUGGCAACCGAAGACAUUUUCCCAUGAAAG